AUGUCUUUCUACUACUCUGCUCCAUCGUUCUAUUCCUUCCACUAUGUCCCACGGACUCACCGCCUUAAUCAGGAUCAGAAGAAAUCAUUGGACCACUACUCUCGCUACAUGGCUGAGAAGAUGAUUGAGAUCCAAGACCAGUAUUACUAUGAAUCCCACGUAGCCGAAUAUCCAGAAUACAGCUCGGAUUCUGAAGUCUCUACCUCGUCUUCCAGUCCGACAUUCUCUAGCCCACCUCCAAUGCUCGUCCCCAAUCCAUUCUACAAUCCGGAGCUCGCAAAACAGAUUCUGGCUGAACGACGGAAGAAGAAGCAGAUGGAAUCCAAACCAACAUCGCCAAUCUCACCAACUGGAGUCCAACUCGUCCCUAACCCAUUCUACAAUCCAGAACUCGCCAAGCAAUUGAUGGCCAAGAAGUCGAUGUCCAAGAAGUUAUAA